GAGUGUGCGGCUGCGCGGCAGGGAUGUAGGUCAAAGUUAAACUACCAAUGCUUUUCUGUGCCUGAAUGACCUAACAUUAAGUUAAUUGUACCGGUGGUUGGGACACAGUAGGAGACUGAGUUGUAGUACUCAGCGUGCAUUUACUUUGAAUUUGCAAAGAAACCAAUAAAAAUGUCACAGGACAGCCAGUCGCUCCAACCACCUCCCAUCAGUCCCAUCAAGAACUUCUUUGCUGGUGGAUUUGGUGGGGUAUGCCUUGUGUUUGCCGGCCACCCUCUGGACACCAUAAAAGUAAGAUUACAGACGCAGGUAAAGCCAGCACCUGGGCAGCUUCCACUUUACUCCGGUACAUUUGACUGUUUCAGAAAGACAUUUAUGAAAGAGGGUUUACGGGGGUUAUAUAAAGGUAUGGGGGCCCCUAUUGUUGGGGUGACCCCCAUGUUUGCUGUAUGUUUCUUUGGAUAUGGUCUUGGUAAAAAGCUACAACAGAAGACUCCUAAUGAUGUAUUAACGUAUCCUCAGCUGUUUGCUGCUGGCAUGCUUUCUGGUGUUUUUACCACGGCCAUAAUGGCUCCUGGGGAAAGAAUUAAGUGCCUUCUACAGAUUCAGGCUGGUACAGGUGAAAUAAAAUAUGCAGGCCCAAUUGAUUGUGCAAAACAACUGUACAGAGAAGCUGGCAUUAGGGGAGUCUACAAAGGCACUGUGCUUACUCUUAUGAGAGAUGUGCCAGCCAGUGGAAUGUAUUUCAUGACAUACGAGUGGCUCAAGAAUGUCCUAACUCCUGAAGGAAAGAGUGCAAGUGACCUUAGUGUACCCAGAAUUCUUUUCGCUGGUGGUAUGGCUGGAAUUUUCAACUGGGCUGUGGCAAUUCCUCCUGACGUUUUGAAAUCCAGGUUUCAGACAGCUCCUGCAGGGAAGUACCCCAAUGGUUUCCGGGAUGUGUUACGAGAACUGAUCAGGGAGGAGGGAAUUGGAUCUCUCUAUAAAGGGUUCACAGCUGUCAUGCUUCGAGCAUUCCCUGCUAAUGCGGCCUGCUUUCUUGGUUUUGAAGUUGCCAUGAAGUUUCUAAAUUGGCUGGCACCCAACCUGUGACCAUUCUUAGUUGGAUUUUGGCAUUAUUUGGGCAGUUAUGGAUAUCUGAGUGAAUAACACCCUGGAAUAUUUGAGGCUGAGAUAAUGGAGUUUGUAAAAUUUAUUGGUUCAGUCAUUUUAAAAUUUGUACAUGUUAUGCAACAUAUCUACCUCUGUGUAUCCCACUUUGAUAGAUAUUAAGACAUGUUGUAUAAUGCUGCUAUCUGGCAGUGGAAAGACUGUGGAUUUCUACCCAUCCAAGGAUUAAGACGGUGAUGCUGAAGGAUUACCAACAGUUGUUUUACAGCAGGUUUAUGAUUGAUAAGCACGGUCAUUCAAUUCAUUUUGCACUUGAGAAAUGUCAAAGUAUGAAACUGGUCAUAUUGAGUGCACACUGUUCCAUGCUCUAAAUGUGCCUUACUGACAUAGCUGCAAAGGGUAGCAUGCUUAACCACUAUGAGUCAGAGAUGGUGAUAUAGCAUUUUCUAACCAAGAAAUAUAAUGUGAUUUUAACACCUCAGCCAAAAAACAUUUUUGAUGCCAGUUCAUUUGUUGGAAAUCAUAAUGCCAGCAAUGCAUUUAGCAGGCAGAUUACUGACAAUUGUUUACAGUAUUUUUUCUGUGCCUGUGCGUCUCCAGACUUGCACACACAUCAUUAAGGUUAUAACUCUAUAGUUGGGGUUAACGUAGCCUUAGCAAUGCAGUAAACUAAUUUGUUUUAAAACUGUAAAUAUAAACACUUUCAUCAUGAAGAAUAUGUAUACAUUUUUCUUAAUAAUUAUAACUAGUUAUACUUUUGAAUGAAAUAAUUUUGCUUAGUUUCUGUAAACUCAGGUAUACAGGGUUAUAAAGGUAAAGCAUGCUUCAACCAAAAUGUUCACUAACUCAGAAAUGUAGUCAGGGUUUUCCAUUACUGUGACAGAUGUCGAAUUACUUUAUUGUCGUUUGAGUUCCCAGACUCUGUCUGAGAAAGAGCUUUUUGGAUCAGUGCAUCUUCAUGAUCAGUGAUGAGCAAACACACCGUGGUAACCAUAAGCCAUACACUGAUGAUGUUUUACAGGUAAUUUGAUAGAGUUUAAAAUGCCUACUUAGCCUUUACACAUAUUCAUUUCUUGCCAAAAUAGAUGCAGUUUGUGAAGUCACAAAUUGUAUAAAUCAAAUAUUUUGCCAAAUAUGUUAUAUUUGUGCUCUGUAUUACAUGAUCAUUUAUAAAUGGUGUUCCUUGUUGCCAUGAAAGUAUUUUCUGUAACUUAAAUGUAACAAGAUGGGCAGAGCCACAAAAUA